AUGGAGAGCAGCCACUACGCUAUCUUUCCUACGGUCGAGCCUAUCUUGCUCGACCGUGACCUGGUAUGCAUGUGCAUUCUGGUGCAACUUAUUUCGAUGUAUCUUAUGGGUUCCCUCGCAGCCAUUGCGUUGCCGGUCCUAAGCCCGAAAGUUGUCGCCCUUCCAGAGCGCCGGCAGAAACAGCUCGCUAUCGCUGUGCCGGUCAUCAUAAUGAAAACAGCCGUCAUGGUGCUGAUUAUGGACUCCCUGAUGGCGACGACAGCCUUCGGGCGAACACAUGUCAUCUUCCAUACCAAGCCUUCGAUGGAAUACCGUUUCCAAGUGCUCUUCUUCAUUGCCAUCAGUUACAUGUUUGAAGUUCUCCAGCGGCCGUGCUCCGCGGAGCUGGUGCUACACCACCUCUAUCUCCAAGCAUUACCUCUUUACUGGUGGUUCUGGCUACGACAUCGUUCUCCGGCUCAAACGGAGUUGGUGACUCGUUUCUUUGAACUGAUGGUAUUGUUCGGGCCAGGCGCGACAGACAUCACCUCUGACUUUACAUUUCUGUUUUAUUAUUGCGCGCCGCGGUCCCGGUCAGGCCUGCAAGUAAUAAGCGGCAUGUCGUGGCUCGCUGGUAUCAUGCGAUCACUGCAAUGGAUUGUUUUGUCGGCCUAUGGGAUAUUGAAGUACGACAUUGCCCAAACAUACUUGUCUCCACUGGAGAUGGGUGUCUUCGUGCUUUCAACAGCUUUAUGGAUAUGGACCGAACUAGAUGAGAUUCUGAAGAUCAGAGGAAUGGUUGCGAAGUUCGGUCAGAGUCUAGAGCAGAAGAGACUUUGA